ACACUUCCGGCUUCGCGUCGAUGCCGCGCGCUGCCUCUCAUCAGUAAUUUCACGCUCCGCAGCGGCUGCUCAGAUCAUUUACCCCCAUCGUGAUUUCAAGAGGUUAAUUAGUACAAAGUGCGCUUUGACGGUGUCAGCCACAGAGGAGAAGAAGAAAUGCGACACCGAGCCCAGCCGGUUGGCUCUGUGGGGCGUAAUUGAUUCGGACAUCCUGCACACCAGCUGGGCUGUGUUGCCUCCCCCUCAACUCAACUGAAAGUAACCAACAUAAAUGAGCUGUAAUGGAAGACAAGCGUAAGAAACGCAGCCCAAAGGUGUCCCUUCCUCAGCCGCCUCCCCCACCUAUCAACCCCCGCAAGCUCUCUGUCCUGCCUGCCAGCAAAAGUGCCACCUUCUCCCUCGGCCUGCCGCAGCCCCCCUCCCCCAAGAACAGGAGCAAGUAUAAGAGAUCCAUAGGAGCACCAGGACAGCCAAAAGAGGCGUUCACACCUGUCGUGGCCCCGCCAAAGACGACAAGACCACACAGGGAGAAGCCCAGGGCCCCACAGCCAGCGGGACCCAGCAAAGUAGUGCAGUCUUCCCCCCUGCAGCACUCCUUCCUUACAGACGUCUCGGAUGUGAGAGAGAUGGAGGGAGGCCUCCUCAACCUCCUCAAUGACUUCCACUCAGGCAAAUUACAGGCGUUCGGAAAGGUCUGCUCCUUUGAGCAGCUGGAACAUGUGCGCGAGAUGCAGGAGAAGCUGGCGCGACUGCACUUCAGCCUCGACAGCCACGUGGAGGAGCUUUCUGAGGAUCAGAGGAAGGGCGCUUCUGAUCACAACCUGGAACACCUUCUGUGCAACCUGGAGGAGCUCAGCACCUCAAUACAAAAGCUCCACUUGGCCGAGAAUCAGGAUCUGCCCAAGACAUCUGGUCCCUGACAGAGCGAGGUGCUCAGAACGCCGACAACGCACUCUUCUUCUCCAGACGUCACAAAAAAUAAAAAUAACAAAAACACCAGGUUACCAUGGCAUUAAACCAGCUGCCUUAGAAACAGGAGCGGGAAGGUCCAAAGGAGUAGGGGUUAGGGGGGGGGGGAUUUUUCCGUUCAGUCGAUGGAGAUGAGAGGACAUUCCAAUGACUGGAUGCAGUCGAGCAUUAAAUUGGAGCGCAACCACACACAAAAUAGUCAUAAACGCCUCAUUCAUAGCACAAAACAAAAAAGACUGGAAACUACUUUGAACCAGAAUGUUUUCUCGAAGCACAUUCCAUGAUAGCUGUGAAUUUAGACCGACACUUGCAUACCAUUCAGUGCAUGCUGCUUCUUAUCGGAUGGCAUCUGUACCAGUGUUUAACUGGAAAGCAUGUUUAACCCUUUAAAUAGCAGCAGAGGUUUAAGGGAGUUUUGCUAUCGGUAUUAAUUCCUCCUUCAGUUUCAUAUCUUUUUCUAAAGGUUAAUUGCCAGAAAAUGGAUGUGAUUUAAUUAAUGCAGCACAAAAUGUUCGGUUCUAUGUAUAUAUUGGUAUGGUAAUCUUCUAAAUGUGUUUUGUUGUAUGUUUUCGUUAUUUAUUCUUUCCUUUGUGUGAGUCCGACUUAAUUACUACAAAAACUGUAACUAUAAUCUUUGCUUUGUUUCAUAAGAAAACAUUUGUCAUCAAGCCGUUGUGGAAAGUAUGUGCUGCAGCAGGUAGAGAUCUCUGUACAAUGCUAUUUUAAAGUGGCAGCUAUUUUCUUAGUCUGAAAUGUAAUGAACACUACAGCUGUGUGUCAGUGAGUUAGAGUAUCAUCAAAAAGUUCGUUUAGAACAGCUGUUGAACGGGAAAAGUGAGAUUUAUUACACAGGAUGAUAUGGUUCAAGCAUUUACUUUCAUUAUUUUAGGUGAUUAUGGCUGACGGCUAUGAAAAUGCAAAAAUCAGUUUUCUGAAAAUUGUUACAUGAGACCAAUAAAGAUUAUUUUUAAUCCACAAAUGUGGGUCUAAGUCUGUCCAUGUACUGUACAGUCCAUACACUCAAUGAUUUAUCAUGGCUCUUUUAGUAUGAAUUAAUGCUGCAUAGAGGCGAUCAGCCUGUGGCUCUGCUAAGGCAUUAAGUAAGCCAAGCUUUCUUUAAUGGCAUAUUUCAGCUCAUCUUCCUCUUGACUACAGCAAUACCACGGUUAUUAAACCAAGUAUUGGUAUUUUAGGCAGUGUGGGUAGGUGCCAAGUGCUGCUGGAAAAUGAAAUAAGGUCCAUAAAGCUUUUAGGGAUAUCCCUGGUGCUUGUGUACAUUUUUCUACCACACUUUUUCCUUUCACUUAACUUUCCGUUGGUAUGCUUUCAUACAGCAUUCUGCCAAGUCAGCAGUCUUCUUCAUGAUUGUACAGAGCAUAACUUAACCUUUUGGUAAUAUUCAAAGUUGAUUUGUGUUUUCAUUACCCAUAAGCCAUAAUCAUCAAAAUAAUAAAGACCAUUUUUUUUUUCUUUUCUGUAUUGAAUCUAUACAUUGAGUUUUAGCUUUUCAGUUGACUUACUGAUAUUUUUAAUAUUUAUUACCAAGGACCUUUUAUAUUUUGAAAUUUUCUUUAAUUGAAAACUUGGACAUGUGUUUUAAGUUGUAUUCCCUCUCUUACAAUCUAAUUACAGGGCAAUGGGACUCCAAAGCAGUCAAGUGUUCAGUUUUCUUUCUGAGUGUACCUCUUUAAAGCCUUUGGAUAUGAGACUCUUAUCAGCGCAGUUACCCAGAUCCUUCAAUGUGUGUUACUCUGCAUUUAAAAAGGAGUCAUAAUUAGUACAUCACAAAACUCAGUAGAAAAAAGCAACUUCACUCACAAUAAAGGUGAUUUAACUUUAAA